GCGGCCUCGGGCCCCGGCGCCGCGCGGGCCAAGGAGACGGCGUUCGUGGAGGUGGUGCUGUUCGAGUCGAGCCCCAGCGGCGACUACACCACCUACACCACGGGCCUCACGGGCCGCUUCUCCCGGGCCGGGGCCACGCUCAGCGCCGAGGGAGAGAUCGUGCAGAUGCACCCGCUGGGACUCUGUAACAACAAUGAUGAAGAAGACUUGUAUGAAUAUGGCUGGGUGGGGGUAGUGAAGCUGGAGCAGCCGGAGCUGGACCCUAAGCCAUGUCUCACCGUCCUCGGCAAGGCCAAGCGAGCUGUACAGCGAGGAGCCACUGCAGUCAUCUUUGAUGUCUCAGAAAAUCCAGAUGCCAUCGACCAGCUAAACCAGGGCUCAGAAGAUCCGCUGAAGAGGCCAGUGGUAUACGUGAAAGGGGCUGACGCUGUCAAGCUGAUGAACAUUGUUAACAAGCAGAAGGUGGCACGAGCAAGGAUUCAGCAUCGGCCUCCCCGGCAACCCACCGAGUACUUUGACAUGGGCAUUUUCCUGGCUUUCUUUGUGGUGGUCUCCUUAGUUUGCCUCUUCCUCCUUGUCAAAAUCAAGCUGAAGCAGAGACGCAGCCAGAAUUCCAUGAACAGGCUGGCUGUGCAGGCUCUAGAGAAGAUGGAGACGAGGCAGUUUAAGUCCAAGAGUAAGGGUGUUCGGGAAGGGAGCUGGGGGGCCCUGGACACCCUCAGCAGCAGCUCCACUUCGGAUUGUGCCAUCUGUUUGGAGAAGUACAUUGAUGGAGAGGAGCUCCGGGUCAUUCCUUGUACUCACCGCUUCCACAAGAAGUGCGUGGACCCCUGGCUGCUUCAGCACCACACCUGCCCGCACUGCCGUCACAAUAUAAUAGAACAAAAGGGAAACCCGGGCCCUGGGUGUGCAGAGCCAGGGAACCCAGGGCGGAGCCGGCAGCCCAGGGUCAUCUUGCCAGUGCAUUAUCCGGGGCGGGUGCACAGGACUGGCCAGAUUCCCGCCUAUCCCAUGCGGACGAGCAUAGACUCCCAAGGAAACCCUAUCACGCUGCUGACCGUCGACCCCCGUGGGGAUCAGGGCCUGUACACGGGCCAGGCCCCGGCCUACAUCCCCAGCUACCCCCCGUUGCCCCUGGACCGUGCCCUGAACCCUCACCGCUGUGGCCUGGAGCACAGGACUUAUGGGCCGGCCCACGCCCACACCUUCCGCAGGUCCAAGUUGAGUGGGCGCGGCCUCUCCAAGGCAGCUUGCCUCCCCCAGUAUGAGACCAUGUACCAGCAUUACUACUUGCAGGGCCUCAGCUACCCAGAGCAGGAGGCCCCGGCCCCACCCGGCCUCGCUCCUCAGGGCCCCUCCCGUGCCUUCCAGCCGGGCAGCAGCUUGCUCUUCCCCACUGUGGUCCGCGUGGCGCCCUCUGCCCAGCUGGAGAGCGGCAGCACAUCCAGCUUCAGCUGCUACCACGGCCACCGCUCGGUGUGCAGCGGCUACCUGGCCGACUGCCCUGGCAGCGACAGCAGCAGCAGCAGCAGCGGCGGCUCAUCCAGCCAAUGCCGCUGCUCGUCCAGCGACUCUGUGGUGGACUGCACUGAGGUCAGCAACCAGGGUGUCUACGGGAGCUGCUCCACCUUCCGUAGCUCACUCAGCAGCGACUACGACCCCUUCAUUUACCGCAGCCGCAGUCCCUGCCGGACCGCCGAGGGGGGCGGCCUGAGUCGGGGGCCAGCAGUGCUCUUAGAAGGACCCCCCCUCCACGGCGGAGAACGCGGGCCUGUCGCGGCCUCCCCCUCCGGGGACCAGCUGUCCAGCUGCAGCCUCGAAGUCAACUAUAGCAGCCAUUCCUCGCUGGAGCAAAGGGAUGUGAGCAGCUCUACCUCAGAAGGGGGGCUCGAGGCUCCUCCAGGGGCCACGUGGGACGUUAGGAGGGCUUGGAGGGGCCCGGAGGCCUCUGCGGCGGCCCCAGAUCCGUCAUGCACAUGCUGCUUUGAGGCCCCGCGCCCGGCUCUGGAGGCUGGCGCGGGAGCCUCGUGUCUGGGCCCAGACCAUUUGCGGAGGACAGAUGGGGUAAGGUGUGGGGGCUUGGCCUGCUACUUCUAUGAAGAGAAGCAGGGGCCCCCUGGUGGGAGCGGCAGCAGCUGCUACACCGAGGACUAUGCCGUGAGCGUGCGCUACACGCUCACCGAUGAGACCCUGCCGAGCUGCUACAUGGGGUCGCGGGAGCUGGGCCAGCGCAUCCCCAUCAUUCCUGAGGACAUGGGCUGUGACGCGGCCCUGCCCACAGACUGUCAAGGGACCCAACACUAUAGCUCCUGGGAUGAGUCCCCUGAGGCCGGCUCUCAGCACCCCCAGGGCCUGGGAGAGGCCCAGGAAGAGAGAGACCUGGCUUUCCAGGCUAGCGCCUUCCCUCGUCCCCACGAGGAGGGAACUAGGGCCUUCUUCCCUAGGGCCACCCUGGACUCUUCAGAAGCAGCAGCAGCACCCAUGGAGGCUGCAGGCCUGGGACCUCACCCUCACCCACCGCCGGACAGAAGUGGCCGAAUUAUCUGAACUCAUGGACUGUUAGCUAGAAACAGCAACUCAGCGGAGACUCCAAAUUGUUUGCCUUCCUUUCAAAAGAAAAAAGAAACAAAAAGGCCGGACUUUUUUUAGCUUUGACAAACAGAAAAGUGGUAAUAUGGAGAGCCAGCCCUCCCCCUGCCCCAGAAUGUGAGCCACCAACGUGGCAGCGCCAACCUUGAGAACCUGACCCACUGCCCACCUCCAGACCCCGUGUCCUUUCCAAGCAAAUGUUUAUUCGUGCAUCCUCUACAGUGUGUGCGUCGGGGUUCAGAGUGGGGUAGGAGCAAGCUCUCUGCUUUUUAAAAAAUAUUCUAUGUAAAUGUAAAAAGUGUUAUUUAAAUAUAUAUUUUUUAAAAUCUUAAACUCACCAACUUUUGCUGAAAAGAAAGCUCACACACUACUGCAUUUAAACAAACUGUGUCUUGUGUAGAUACUGUUGUCUCCCCCCAGGGAGUUCAGGCCUUUGAUAUGCUCAGGGCUAUCCCUGCCUUAGAAAUCUAACCAGAAACUUGAAGUGUGAUUGGUUGAUAUGGGCACAACCUGAAGAGAGAUGCAAUCACGUCUUUGCUGUUCUAGUUGCAAAUCUUGAACCCCUGGGGGGCUCAGAUUGUGUCUGCAGCCCCAGGUUGACAGCAGCCAGCACACCAUUAACCUUCUGAAAACUAAGCCAGAGCCCUCCUCCCCCACCAUGAGCAACAUGGUGGGUCACGGCACUCUGAGGCAGUGAGGCUCACUCUCCUGCAGACCCAGGAUGGCAACCGCUGGGCCCACUGGGCCCGUGGAGGUGAUUGGAUCGGAUACAGCCCAGUGGGAAUGGAGUUUGGUUGCCUUGGAUACUGUGUAAGUGUGUCUGAUCGAAGUUGUGCUCAAUACCAGGACCUUCCUCGGAGGCAGGGGAUGGCUUCUGAGGGAGUAGGGCCAGGCACUGGGCUGGGCGGGAAGGCCCAUGCAGAUGUGCCCAACCAUCCAGAGCUAGGUGGAGGGGACGGCUUCCAAGAGCAAAUCCAGCAAGCGUGGCUUCCCCCUUCCGUCUCCUCAGCCCCAAGGUACUUGCUUCUGUCCCAGCAGCUUUUGGUGGUUCAGGCACAUCGGUCACCUGGCACACUUGUAGUCUACUUGUUUCCCAUGGAAGCGGUUGCUUCAAGGGCAAGGCCCAGCUGGAAUUGCCCACCUACCCAGAGAGUGUUGGCGCUCCUUGUUCACUCCUUGGGCAGAUGUGGGUGACAGCUCGAGUCCCAAAGAGUAGGCUUGGGGAAUGGGGUGUGAAAUACCCAAGCAGUUGUGGGAAGAUUUUUUUCGUCAUUAGAGAAUCCUGUGUAAGGUAUUUCUCAUCAGGAAUUUGGAUCUUUUUUUUUUUCUGUUGUUGUCAAAUAUGUUUUUCCUCCCGUCCUUCCUUUUUUUAUUUUUUAAAGAAAUGAUUACAUUUAACCCAAUGUUCACUAACUCUUCUAGUCACCUUGUUGAAAAAUACAAUUUAUUUUAUUCAAAUUCUAUUUAUUGCCUUUCAAGCUUGACCUGUGGGUCUAAGCCAGUUAGCUGAAUGGGAGCCAAUGAGAGAGCCAGCACAAGGGGACGUGGGGAGAGCUUCUGCCCUCCCUGUGGCCAGAGGCAGUUCUAGGUCACUGAGCAUCUCUUACCGAGCUAAGUGGGAUGGGAGAUUAGCAAACAUGUCACCAGCUGGGCAGGUGGGUGCACAAAACCAGCCGUGGUGUGGUCCCUUAGGAACUCAAGCCCCAGCCGAAACCUCCGCUGUGCCUGGCAAUCUGUCACGCAGCCACUCCUCGCCAGUAUUUGAAAGAUGAGCUUCCUUCCAAUAACCUGGACACCCUCCCCCACCUGCUUUACCUAUGGAAAUGUGUUGGAGUGAGCUUGGGAGAGGCCUUGGCACCCCACCCCAGAAUGCCUGCCGAAGGAGGGGGAGAGUAAGCGCUGCUGCUGCUGGACCUGUGCCAGGAGGAGGGUGCGGGGGGGGGGGGGCCUACACCACUGAGUUCUUGGGCCCCCAACAACAGCUUGAAUUACAGGGCUGGGGGGAGGGGGGCUCAUCAACUCAAGGCUUCUCAGGGUUGAGGUGUGGGCAUGGCCUUUUGCCAUGUUUCUAAAUGCCCCCAAAUGCUGAACCAUAGUAGAAUUGCCCCCUCUUCCUUUUAUUUUGGUUUUGGUCCAAGCACACUAUCCAGGAUCCUUAAGGGAUGAUGUGAUAUUGAAAGAAGAAAGGCGUGGUGUGACCUAGACCUCCAGGAGCAUGGCACUGAGGGCCACAAAGGUCACCCCGGAGCUCUUGGAGGUGGUCCCAGCAGAGUGAAAACCCUGGGUGGGUCCCACAGGCUUCCAGUACAGCCCCAGAACCUGGUGGGGUCUCCCUCCUGAGAACCAACCAGCAGAAAGGCUCAGCUUGGCAUCAGGGAAGUCCCCCAUGAAUUAGGCACCUGCCCUGUGCCAGGCCCUGCAAACAAAGACAAAAACAAAAAUACAACUGUCCCUGUCUUCAAGGAGCUUGGCUGUGGCACCCUUUUUUAUAGCCACACACAUGGUUGUAUCUGCUCAUGGCUCAAGGAAAUCCAUUAGACUUUUUGUUUAAUAAGGGAGUAGUAGCAGGGGAAAAAAAAAAAAAGACAAGGUGUUUGGCAGGGCUUGAGGCUUGGGUUUGGGGUUUUGGUGUUUCUUGGCUAGCCUGCGAGGCCUCCGGAGAAGGGUGGUGUAACAUGUUCCGCUCUGACCUCUUAUUCCAUCUGAGGCUCGAAGGUGCCGAAACCACCCAGAAGCCCUUUUCAGGUGAAUCCCGAGGCUAUCAGUUUUUCCACUGCAGCCCCAGACGUCAAGAUGCUCCCUCUUUGGGUGUGGGCCUGCCUCCCGCAGCCCCGGACAUGGUGCCAGGCAGCAAGGUUUCAGGCCACGUGGCAUCCCCCACCUUUCUGUGGGGGGAGCUGAUGAAGAAUGAUUGUUUGACUGUUUCCACUGACGAGAUGCAGCCUCAAUGAAGUGACUUGGGGUCUUCUCCCACUCAGCCCCCCAAUCCCAAGCCAUUUGCAUAAAGCUAUUUUUCCAUUUAACAGUCCCUUCCCGAUUCGCUGCUAGGUCCUGCUGAAACUUCAGGCAAAUAACAUGAAAAUCAUAAUGACAGAAUUAUUUUUAAAUAGUCCUACUUUUUCUAUUCUUUAUAUAAAAUGUCUCCAUUGUGUUGGGCUAAUGAGGAACUAUUUUAAAUGUUCUUAAAAUUUUCUCCCAUAGCACUUAAAAUGUUUUGUAAAAGACUGCUGUAAAGAUUUGUAAGAAUACUGGUCAAAGGGCUCUUUCUCCAACAUUACCAUUUUUUUUUAAUGUUUUAAAGGCUAGAAAACAACUUGUGUAUAUUCUGUAUAUGUAUAGCAACACAUUUCAUUUAUGGAAAUAUGUUCUCAGAAUAUUUAUUUACUAAUAUAUUUAUCUUAAGCCAUGUCUUAUGUUGAGAGUGUGACAUUAUUGGAAUAAUCAUUGGAAAUCACUAACCCAAGGCCCUGUAAAUACAUGAUAAUUGCACCCAAAUUCUGCAUAUUCGCCGACCAAAAACAUGAUUUAAGUUGUAGUCUUCUACCGUUUUGUAACAAAGUGUACAAAAGGCUGUAAAAAAAAAAAUACAGUUUUAUCAAGUAUGUA